GUAUGAGGUAUUUGGGCGCAGAGGUAAUUUGGUGCCAGACUACAAUUCGAAAAAAGGACUAGAGAGCAAGAGAACUUUGAAAGCGGGUUAUUCAAUUUGUUGCAUAUCAAAAUACACCGGAAUUUAGAGCAAUGGAAGACACAGCAACAGUGAAAGCUGUGGUCCUUGCCGCAAACCAGUACAGCAUAAAUCCCAGCGAUAGCAACUUGGUUCAACUUCAACGAAAACUAGAUACCUUGAUAGGCAUCUGCUCCAGGGGGAAGCCUUUGGUCUUCUUCUCUACGAAGCAACUCCUUCCGACAGAAUGCCUGACAUGUCUGGUAGACAUCCUGAAUGAGCAAACCACACCCACUGAGCUGGCCCAGAGGACAAUGGUUCUCUUGUUUAGUCUUGCUGCCGAUUCUGAGAUUCGUGAGACGUUACAAACAACGUACAAUCUGCCUGUUUCCCUGGCCUCUUAUCUCAGAGUCAGUAUGGACUCAGCUGGAGAACAGGUCAUUAUGCAGUGUGUGCAACUUCUUCAACGGGUCACCUACAACUACCACAUAUCGUACCUGAACAAUACAAUGGAGGACCUGGUCCGGUUCCUGAUCUCCAAUGUCCAACGAGGAGAGAAUGAGCUGACCAUGCCAUGUCUUGGUCUACUGGCCAAUCUGUGUCGACACAACGCGUCAGUGCAGGCACACAUCAAGUCAAUAGACAACUUGAAAGCAUUCUACAGGACGUUGAUUCACUAUCUGUCCCACAGCAGUCUGACAGUCAUCGUCUUCUCGCUAUCAAUCCUCUCUAAUCUCUGUCUGAAUGAGGAACUUGGAGAAAAGCUCUUCAGCGCCAAGAACAUCAGUCAGACAUUCCAGCUUGUCUUCAACAUCCUGCUGAAUGGUGAAGGCAUCUUGACGCGACGUUACGCAGUCGACGUCUUUGUGGACUUGCUCAAGAGCCCCAAGAUCCAACGCUUUCUGAUUGUAUAUGAGCAUUUUCCAGUGUGUCUGCAGCAAGUGUUGAAGCUUGUGACCAAUCAAGAAGCAGAAACUGUCAACAAAAUCUUUGAGCUCCUGCUGGCGUUCUGUGCGGUGACCGACCUCCGUCCCACCGUCUGCAAGAACCUGAUGGCCACACCUCCCCUUCAGAACGUCGACGCCCACAGCAAGGGGUCCACCAAGCUGUCCACGUCCGAGCCAUUCCUCGCUAUCGUCACCUGGGCCUCCCAGCCGGUCGACUUACACGAGAGCGUGUCACUUCUAGCUGUGGAAUUGCUCAAAGAAGUUUAUGAGGAGAUGAUAGACUCGGGUCUCAUCAGCCAGCUUUCCCCACGCAUUGACCUGUUACUCCCCAUGGCAUCGGAACAGCUGACCACACCCACCGAGAUGGACGGCCCAUUGAUGAAAUACAGGUGCAACAAACUCACUAUGGUCAUCAAUCUACUCAUGGCUCUCAGUGGAGAUUCAAGCCUGAGGUCAGAGGUCGCCGGGGUUCUCAAUGUCCAGGAGUGUUUCCAGAUACUGGAGCAUCAGUAUAACCAUAACAGGAUUGGUUUGACCAUGAGCAGGACCGCUGUGGAUUCAGACUGGAGCGAGGCUGGUGUGAACACAGUUCUUCAGUUAUUGGAUCUCUUACUCAAGCUAAGGAGAGACAUUUCUCAAAUGGAUCAGCAACUGGUCAGAGUUUUACAGGAUGAGCGUCUGGUACCCUUCCUUGCCCAUGCAAUUACCACUGAUCAGCGAGUCGGUGUACAGACCGCCCUCAGGCUCAUCAGCACGGCAUCUACUCUGCCGGAAUUCCCUUCCAUUGGCCUUGGAGAAAGUAUCGCUGCCAGAAAUUCCUACAAGAGUGAGGAAAUUGAGACACUACGAAGGCCCCUGAACAUGGAUAACCCAGGAACCCACGCCAUCCUGUCUCCAAGGAGACCACAGCCGUACCAUUAUGAGAGGAGGGGUGGUGCCCCUGUGAAUGGGGCCAAGGAGGGGAAACAGAUGGAGACCAAUAUUCAGAGUUUGAUCGACAAAAUGCAGUCAGGACUUGAUCUCAAAGACAUGCGUGCCUCUGAGAUCAUGGAUGUGUAUGAACACAAGCUGUCUUCUCUCGCUACCAAAGAGAGCCACCUGCAGGAUUUACUUGAAGCCAAGGCACUUGCUCUAGCCCAGGCGGACAGGUUGAUUGCCCAGUAUCGAUGCCGAAGGGCACAGUCAGAAGCAGAGGCAAGAAAGCUGCGUUCACUCUUGCAAGACUCUGAGAAGCGAAGCGAGGAGUACCGGGAGAACCUCUUUGAGACCAGGUCCCUUGAGCAGAAGAUGGCGUUGGAGAUUGAGAAAGUGACAGCCAGGAAUAAACAGCUGCAGGACAAACUGGAUCUGCUUGAGGUCACCCACACUGAACAAACACGCAAUUUGGAGACCGUCCAGCGAGCUCUGAGUACACUACGCUCUGAACACCAAACACUGAAGGAAAUGCACGAGGUGUUACAGCGACACAAUGAAACAUUGAGAGAACAGCAAGAAAAAUCCACAGUGAGACUCGGUGAGCUCGAGGACGAGAGAGACAAUCUCCAGCGCAAUCUCCGAGACAAGGAAACCCGACUGACCGACACCACGGCCACCCUGGAGCAGACCCAGGAGAGACUGGCCAAGAUUGAGAGGGAGCGAGAUGAGUUUGAGAAGGCCUUGGAUAACUUGGGCUUGGAGCUUCAGAAGAUGGACGGCAAGAAAAAGGAAUUGACGCAACAGGUGUCUUCAUUUGAGGUUCUGUGUCGCCAGCAUGAGUCAGACCUCCGAAAGAAAGAGGCAACCAUCAAACAGUUGAAAGUAGAGGUGGAUAAACACGCCCAAAUCACUCAGAUGAUCCACAGCUUGACCGGGGGUAAGCCGCCAUCUUGAAAAACGCACCAGGAUUCGAACCAUGGACACAAGUGUGGCAUUGGCAGAUGAACUGUUAUUUUGCUGUGCGAGUGGGGGCCGAUUGGCAUAUUUGAAAUAUUCCUGAGGGUGAGUUCGAACCACGGGCUACUGUAUGGAUGCUGCAGGUCAUAAAGAUGUUUGUUUGCCAUACUAGGCUACCCGGCAUCUUGGAUUCAGCCUCGAAGGGAUGUGAACCAGUGACCAUGAUAUGGGAACAGAAUUUUCACUAUCCAGGCAUACAGUUUUGCUCUUGAAUUAGCAAGACAGUUGUUCUAUGUAAAAAUCAACGCAUCAAAGCUCCCAGAUCUUUGUGAAAUUCUAGAACUCACCCUGACAGACUCAAACCAGCUCCUCAUGCAGUGCAAGACACAGGAUUAUGCAAUGAUGUGCCAUGUAAAUGAAGUAAGACUGAUGCCAAUGACAUUCUAAUGACUGUAAGAGCAAGUUAAGAUUUGCAGCACGAGAGCACUUGGACAUCAUGAACAUCUCGAAGACUGCAGUGAGUAAAUUAAAGUUCUUUGAAAUAUUCAACAACAUUCUUCCAUAUUUUCCACAAACCACAUCUCACAGUAGGUUUCAACAAGUAUUUAGAGUUUAUGUUCUCAAGGAAUAUCAUUGGCACUGUUUUUGUGCCUCGGUCACCGCUUUCCAAAGUUUGUUCCACUGGCUUUUAUUUCUGUGAAAAGAAAACACUGCCCUCUAUAGCUCAUGAUUGGUUAUUGCUUUCACACUCAAAAUUGUAAGGCAGACUCGGUGGUUGUCUAUUUUUGAACCAUCUCUCAGGAUUUACUGUCAAAUCUUGCACAUUGUGUUGUACAGUUUUUACUUUUGAAUAAUUGUUUAUUGUCAGUUUCUUUGUUGGACACUAAAUUAGGUUAACUACAUUGUAGAUAUUAAGAAUGCAUAUUUAAUUCAAUUCUGAUUUGCUCCUCUGUUUAUGUAUUUUCCACAAAAUUUAACCAAAUUAUUUUACUUUAGCUAUAGAUGACAUAUUUCUUGUAUAUAUGAGCAGUAAAUACUGAGUGCUAUAAUAA